CUAAAGAUGGCGGCGCCCUUAGAGCUAGUGCUUAGCGCUGAUGCUACUGGGCAAGUAGCGAACUGCACGGUUUGGGAGCCGGUAACCGGUUCUGUGCUUCUGACUUAUAGAGGGGGUAACACUUCGCACCGGGGAUUGGCGGUACUCGGUGGUCAGUACUUGCUGGGCGGACAGCUUGGAAAGAACUACAUCAAUGUGUGGGAGCUUCAGAGAAGGGACCAGUUGCAGCAGAAGAUUGUAUGCCCAGGACCUGUGAACUGCUUGGCUGCUUCUCCAAAUGGACUUUACCUAGUGGCUGGCAUUGCAGAAAGUAUUUACCUUUGGGAGGUCUGCACUGGACACCUCCUUGCUAUACUAAACAAUCACUACCAGGAUGUAACCUGCUUGACUUUCACAGAUGACGGCAGUCAUAUUGUAUCUGGAGCCAAGGACAGUUUGGUUCUGGUGUGGAGCCUUUACAGUGCUUUGCAGGUAGAGACUUCCCGAGGGCCUGAACCUCGUUAUGUAUGGUCCCGUCACAGCUUACCUAUCACAGAUUUGCAAUGUGGUAUUGGAGGUCCACAGUCUCGAGUAGUCACAUCUUCUCUAGAUCAGACAGUCAAGCUGUGGGAGAUUUGCUCAGGUGACCUCCUGGUCUCUGUGCUCUUUGAUGUUCGGAUUAUGUCGGUGGCAUUUGAUCCAGCUGAAUAUCAUCUUUUCUGUGGCGGCAGUGAUGGCGUUAUAUACCAAGUAGACCUCUACACUACGCCAGAGCAGAGAGAACGACAAUUCCAUCCUGAGCAGGAGAUGGUGUUAAAAGGACACAGGAACCAGGUUACAUGCUUAUCAGUGUCUCUGGAUGGGAGCAUGCUGAUCUCUGGCUCUCAUGAUGAAACUGUCUGUGUUUGGGACAUUCAAAGCAAGCAGUGUCUACGUACUGUCCCCCAUAAAGGUCCUGUGACAAAUGUAUUUAUAAUAGCUGCUCCAAGUAACAUGUUGCGAUCAGAAAGUAAGCCGAGCUUCCCUCUACCACACUUCAGCAAACACCUGCAGGGGGCUGAGGGCUGUGACGGUCCGGAGAGUGGAGGGGUGAUCCUGCGACUUGGGAAGCAGCAGGGAUCUGAGGAGAACACAUACCUGCAGAGAGCAGAGCAGUUACAGUCCCUCCUUGGUGAAAGUGAGGGCAAGAAUCUUUCAGGACUAGUUGAACAGCUUCGCUCUAGAACCUCAGAGCUGGAAGAGGAACUUAAUGUGGUACGAAAAAUCAACAAGGAUCUCUUUGACUUCUCAGCCAGGAUUAUCACCAAACAAUAAUAUGCUUGUUCACACAUAUAUUUGAAUCUUAUAUAGUAAGCAUUUGGAACAUAUAAAAUGACAGACUGAAAUGCACAAACGAAUUUUAAUAUUCUGUGCCAAUUUUGGAUCAACAUACAAGUUUUGCUUAACACUUUCUGUGCUAUGUACCUGUUAUGACCGCAAAAGAUUGACUCAUUAAUUAUUAUUUCACGCAAAUGUAUCAAACCGAGCUGAAGUUCAUCUUCCGAAUAAUCAGCCUUAGGCAUUAAAUGGUAUUUACUGAUGACACGGAUACUUCCCCAGUCAUGUCUUUUUUUUUUCCAUUACCAUUUCCAUUGUUUAGGGUAGUGACACACAGCAUAUUUUGGUAUGGUAAUUAUUCUGACCCUGCCAGUGUCAUUAGGGGUCAGGUGAUAAUAGUUUGGACAGUGGAGAUUUUAUUGUCUCUUGUUAAGCCGUGAAAGCUCUGUGAUAUAAUUUAAAAUAAGUAAUGGCUAAACUAUAUGUGCACAUGGGUGAACUGUUCUGACACGGCAGCAUAAAGUACUACGUUUUGUAUUUAGUACUUUUUUUUUUAUUGUGUAAUAAAAUCUUUUUAUACAUUUUUAA